AUGCAAUUUCCAAUCGUAUUCUUCACAUUUUUCUUAAUUUCUCAAGUUGCGGCUGAACCUGAACCUGGUGGUGGUCUAAAGUUCGGUCAUCAUCCAGAAUUGUACGGGACCGGUGACAAGUACGAUGAACCAACCACCACCACCCCCAAACCUACGACUAGACAAGCACCAGCACCUCAACAGCAACAAGUACCUAGACAAGAGCCUGGACCAAGUCCAAGACGUGAGCAAGCUCAAAGACAAAGAGUUAGUGUCGAUCUUACAUUUGCUGUAAACAACGCUUACGCAACUUGCAGAAUGACUUGCCAAUAAUAUUUUGAUAAAUAAAGUUUUGAAGUUCAAAAAAAGAUUUUCAGCACUUCCAGCACAAAAUUUCAGCCUAAAAAGUUUUUCGAAGAGAACAAGGUUCCACGCAGCGGAAAAGUUACCCUUACUUUUUAGAGAGAAGUUAGGGUAACUCUGCCUUUUGUUGCAAAUUUUUUAUCUUAAAAUAUUAAAAAAAACAGUUUUCCAGAAAACUGUCAUAUUUUUUUCAGAUCAAUCAUUUCCUUGGAAGAAUUCGAGUUAUAUUCAGAUAUAAAAAGCUCAGGGGAAAAGUUUGUUCCAUGGUAUUCUCAAGAAAAUAUUUAAUUUGA